GUUACAAUGAUAUGGUUCGUUCUUUUAGAGUGUGUCCUUGGAUGUGCUUGCAGCUCACCCCCAACCCACGGCCGUAUGCACGUGGUGGUGUCUUGGCCAGGGGUGGAUAUACUCUUUUCCUCUGACGCUGCCAAAAACGCCGCCCUUGCUAAUGGUUCAUACGAUCCCUCCAAAAUGACUGUUUGGUCUAUCCUUCCAUAUGGGGACAGACUGUUCUUAUUCUGCCCCAAUCAGUUUAAAGGAACGUAUUCCACUGUUAAUUUCAUUUACAUGAAUGAUGUAACCAACAUAGAAUCUCCCAAACUAAGACCGUAUCCUCCCACUCUCAACAGUAUUGUCUCUGUGUUCCGAGCGGUCACCUCCUGCGAGGACUAUCACAUGUACUUCGUGGACGACGGCGUGGACAGUUUCUACGACGUGAGGGUCCGCAGACAUCCCCCUAGACUGUUCAAAGUACACCUACCCUCUGACACCCUUCGUCACUUGUACACUCUCGCCCCUGACGACUACACAGACACCUCCGCCUUCAGCAACCUCGUGGUGGACCAAUGCGGCGAUGCCUACGUUGUGUAUAUAUGUGACUUGACUGACUACGCCGUGGUUGUGGUGGAUUUACACAGGAACGCCUCUCAUCGGGUCAGGCAUCCUUACUUUGUAAUGGAUCCGUUCUCUGCCUUCUUAGAUACUCCUGCUGGAUAUAGACACACAUUUCUCAACGACGGAGUGGCCGCCCUAGCACUGUCACCCUGUUUGGAACACAAGAGUGACAGAACACUCUAUUUCGCCAGCAGCGGAGGUCGUCAUCUGUUCGCAGUCUCCACGGACAUUCUGCGAGACAAAACCCUCAGCUCGGACACCAGCAAGUACCGUGUCGUGGGAUACAGAGGGGACAGAUCACAGUCCAACAACCUUGUCUACAACACCCAGACCGACGUCAUGCUGUAUGGGACGACUCAGGAGAAUUCCCUAUAUUGCUGGAACACGCGUAAAGGGUUGACUCCUCAAACCCAGAGGUUGGUGUUGCGAGAUGACGCUUGGUAUCGAACACCUAACGAUCUGCAGGAAGACUGUCAUGGAGGGUUGUGGGCGCUGGCUAACAACUGGAUAGAAGGGCUGUAUCGCAACAUCACAGGCAGUGCCUCUGUGUCUGAGGGUGCCAACAUUGUGGUACUGAAGGGCUGUGCAAGGAAGAUGGCGUCUGUCUGUACUGGAAUGUAACCAUUAUAUGCAACCCAUCUACCUAUACAUAUAAUAUAGACUAUAACUGUUGUUGCGGUAACAUAAAUAUCUA